CAAUCCGACACGCGAUCCCACGCCGGCCGAUCGCGCCUCCCGCCGCGGAGGGAGGACCUGCUCCGACGAGCCGAGGAGGCGAGGCCGGAGGAGGAGGAAGAAAAACAUGGCGCUGAGGUUUUGGAGUUCCCGAGACGCUCCGGGCUUCAAGCUGCUCUUCUCCCUGGCGAUCAUGUACGGCCUCAUGUCGAUCCUCGUGUACCACCGGAUCCACAUGAAGUUCGUGGACCCGCUCGGGGUCGACGCGCCUCCCGAUCGGUUCUCCGAGGCUCGAGCGGUCGAGCACGUCCGCGUGCUGGCGCAGGACAUCGGCGGUCGUCAGGAAGGAAGUCCUGGAUUACGAGAAGCUGCUCGAUAUAUCAAAUCACAGUUGGAGACGCUUAAGAAGCGAGCUGGGCCUAAGUUAAAAAUCGUGGUUGAGGAGUCAACUGUUGCCGGAUCGUUCAACAUGAUGUUUUUGGGCCACAGCAUUUCGUUUGGGUACAGAAAUCAUACAAAUGUUGUUGCCAGGAUAUCAUCUGUAGAUUCACAAGACACUGAUCCAUCCCUUCUAGUCAAUGGGCAUUUUGAUAGUCCACUUGGUUCUCCCGGUGCUGGUGACUGUGGUUCAUGUGUUGCAUCAAUGCUGGAACUAGCAAGACUUAUUGUGGAUGCUGACUGGAUGCCUCCUCGGCCCAUCAUUUUUCUUUUUAAUGGUGCAGAAGAACUUUUCAUGCUGGGUUCACAUGGCUUCAUGACAACAAACAGAUGGCGUGAUUCAAUUGGAGCUUUUAUAAAUGUGGAAGCGUCUGGAACUGGAGGACCUGAUUUGGUCUGCCAAUCUGGACCCGGUUCUUGGCCUUCUCUUGUUUAUGCUGAAUCAGCGAUAUAUCCCAUGGCACAUAGUGCUGCUCAGGAUGUUUUUCCUGUAAUUCCUGGUGAUACUGAUUACCGAAUAUUUUCUCAAGAUAAUGGCAACAUUCCUGGCUUGGAUAUUAUCUUUCUCCUUGGUGGUUAUUUUUACCAUACCUCAUAUGACACUGUGGACAGAUUAUUACCUGGAAGUGUCCAAGCACGUGGAGACAAUUUGUUCAGCUUAGUUAAGGCCUUCACAACUUCCUCUAUGUUGAGAAAUGCUCAUGAAAGAGAACAUAUUGGAUCUACUGGCUCGGAUGAGCGGGCCGUAUUCUUUGAUUAUCUAUCGUGGAUUUUGAUAUAUUAUCCUAGAAGGGUGGCUGUGGUGCUUCAUUGUGUUCCUGUUGGCAUCUUCUUCGCCAUGCCUUUCCUUUUGCAUUUAUUAAACUCUGGCUCUCGUUCUUGGUUUGCAAUUCUCCGUGACUUUGUGAAAGGGACUAUGCUCCAUUCUGCUGGUAUAAUACUUGGUGUUCUUUUUCCCGUUGUCUUCUCUAUACUGAGAUUGCUCUUCUCAAGUUAUGCAAUGAACUGGUUUGCUACUCCAUAUUUGGCUUUCAUAAUGUUCAUCCCCAGCUCUGUCGUUGGUCUUUUGAUUCCAAGGAUUGUUUGGAGCAACUUUCCCCUCUCUCAAGAGAUCUCAAAUCUUAAAUUAUCAAAGGAGGUGUUCUUUGAUGAAGCGAGAUUUUGGGGAGCAUUUGGUUUCUAUUCUUUGGUAACGUUGGCCUACCUUUUGGCUGGGCUGAGUGGCGGAUUCGUAACUUUUAUGUUGUCUGCUGCAAUGCUUCUUUCUUGGAUAUCCUUCAGCUUAGCAAUUCGGUCAAGCAGUCGAUAUUCACUAUGGUCGACUGUUGCUUUCGUGAUACCUCUAAUUCCGUGCCUUACGUACACUGUCUAUUUUGGUGGGUUUCUUAUCCAGUUUUUAAUUGAGAAGAUGGGUAUGAUGGGCGCUGUUCCACCUCCCUAUGGGUUCUUCGUGCCCGAUAUUAUAGUGGCAGCGGUAACUGGACUUUCAACUGGGUGGUGUGUGGGCCCUCUGAUACCUAUCUGUGGUCGUUGGUUAGCCAAGUCUUCUAUCUUGCAGUUCCUGGUGCAUCUUACAAUACUUACCAUGGCAGUGUCUUCCCAGCUUUUCCCAUACAGCAGAGAUGCUCCUAAGAGGGUUGUUUUCCAGCAUACCUUCCUCACUGCUGGUGGAAAUCAAGUUCUCAACUCCAGUUAUGAUGUGGGCGUAGUGGAUUCCAAUCCUUUGCCUUUUCUUUUCAAAUAUGCGCCUGAAGUGGCAAAAGAAAUGCACAUCAGCCCAGAUUUUUCUUUUGAUGCUGCAAAACUGUCUGAUAGAGAGAACUGGAUGGGGAUUUUCCCAGUAUCACUUUUGUUCUCGCGAAGCUUAAACUUUCCUGCACAAAGCGAAGGCAUUCUCAAGCACCAUCAAGUUUUUCCUCAUCUAUCUGCAUACAAAUUACAGAGUAGUGGCAAUAGUUUUCGUAGAAUCUACUUGGAAUUUUCCUUGGGCUCUUUGAAUGAGGUGUGGGUUGCAGUGCUCAACAUAACUGGUCCUCUGUCUAGCUGGUCAUUUGCAGACGAGGCUCUUCCAGCUCCUGAAACCGUCGAUGGUGGUCCUCCAUCGUACAUAUGCAGACUGAGCGGCUACAGUAAUGAAAAUUGGACUUUCUGGUUGGAGGCUAGCAGUUCCGAGGAUUUAAGAGUUGAUGUCAAUGUGGUAGACCAACAUUUGGUAGAUGCAGCUGUGAAGUUGAAGAGUCUUUUUCCUGACUGGGUGGAUGUCAUCGCGUAUUCGAACUUCAUGUCCACUUACAUAUUCUAAUCUCAUUCAUGCAAGUAUAUUUCACCUUUCCAGGAGUUCUGAUGUUGAAUUAGCUGGUGAUUAAAGGGAGUUUACAUUAGUGUUGCCGUGUGUUAUCACUUGGAGAGAAUUUUCAAAAUUUUACAGUAAUAGACUGAUGAUGACAG